AUGCCGGAGGGAUCCAUUUCCUUCAGUGACAAAGACGCGGAGGGCAUCAUUCAACCCCACAAUGAUGCUUUAGUAAUUUCUGUCCUCAUUAAUAAAUAUCAGGUUAAGCGUAUUUUGAUUGAUCUAGGUAGUUCAACCAAUAUUAUCUGUUGGAAAGUAGUAGAGCAGCUGGGACUGUUGGACCAAAUUGUGCCGUCAGCUCGGGUUCUCAACGGAUUCAAUAUGGCACAUGAAACUACGAAGGAGGAAAUUGCUUCGCCGCUGAAUACCGCUGGGACUAUUCAGCAAAUAAAAUUUUAUGUCAUUGAAGGCCAAGUGAGAUAUAAUGCAUUGUUUGGCAGACUGUGGGUGCACAACAUGAGGGCAGUACCCUCAAUGUUGCACCAAAUGUUGAAAUUUCCAAUCCCGGAAGGUGUAAAAAUAGUUCAUGGGGAGUAG